AUGGGAGUCGGUCAAGGGUCGGAAGAUGAUGGCAACCGGAUGAUAGUCGAGACUGAACUGGUGAAAACGGAAAAACAGAACAUUCUUCCUGUCACGCAGCAGCCUGCGGUGAUGCAGCAACAGCAGAAUGAUCAGGAUGGAGACAACUCUACUAUAACGCAGCACAAGCUCAUGGGCAUAAAUGGAAACAAGAGAGAAGAUCUUCCGGGCUCUCCAACUAGGAAGGAGCCUCAUGAUGCGGUUGAUAAUCGCGAUCGCGAGCUGCAGGACGAUGGGAAUGUGACGUUGAAACCGUUACAGAAUCAGCACAGGUUGAAUUCUCUUCAAAUGCAGGAAGCGUCAUUGCAGAAUGGCGGUAAUUUGCAAGAUAAGGACAUGGCGGCGCCAUACUCGAAUCCACUAUCGACACAGGCUUUGUUCUCGGGCGCGCUAAGGAAUAAGAAGAGUAGUUUGCUCAUAGAUUGUGCUGUGGACGAAGGUAAAGACUUUUCGUCGUUACCUCCGUUGGCAGCGUCAGAACAAAUGUUGGACCUUUCGCUUACUUCGGCGGACGCUUCUCAGUCGUCGUUUGGACCUUCUCUAACAAAGCAGAAGAAUAAACCAGGGCUGAGCAAGCUCUCUUCGUACAAUGAGGAAUCCUACGAUUCUCGCGGUGAUUCCGAUUCGCAACAUCUCACGAACUCGCAGGAAUCGAGACCAUUGGAUCUAGACAUGAAGCAUGGUGUUUUGAAGACAAGCACGCCAACAGCGCCACUCCUAAUGUCACAAAUGCCGGCUGGUACUGGAGUAGAUUCGAAACUGAACAACACCGGAAGUGUGCUCCCGUUAUCGACAUUAGCUAGCCAGGGCCAGUCGUCCCAACAGCAGCAACAACAGCAACAGCAGCAGCAGGAUCUACAGGCAGACGUACAGCAGCAACAAACCCAAACCAAGAAGAAUCAAAAAGAAUUGCUCGAUCAGCAAUCCCAGAAUCAUCAUCAAACUCUAAAUCGAGAUCAAACGCAGCCGCAAUCUCAAGCUCAAUCUCAAUCGCAAUCUCAAGCUCAAUCCCAACCGCAGCCGCAACCGCAACCGCAACCGCAACCGCAACUGCAAAACAACCAACCGAAGUCGGCCACCCCUCUUACUAUCAGUCAGCAACCUUCAACAUCGGUACUUACAGAUUCGGAGUCUGUACGGAGACUGAAUAAAGAGUCCUCAUCGAAAGCGGAUUUCUUUGCAGCAAGGUUGGCUACUGCCGUUGGCGAGAACGAAAUCUCGGACUCUGAAGAAACGUUCGUCUACCAAUCGACAGCUAAUUCUGUAAAGAAUGCCUCUUUGAACGAUGCAUCCUCCAUGCAGAACAACACCCUAAACUCCCUCCAGCACGUCAAUGCUAAACCAUAUGGCAUCCCAGCCAAGCUAAGUGCCCCUCAGUUGAAACAAAACGAGAAACUUCUCAAUAGAUUAAAGAACACAAGGCACACAAGUAUUGCGGCAAUACCCAAUUCGCAGGGCCCUGUAUCAAGCAAUUCAGAGAAAGACGACAUAGCUUCUUUGAAGUCUAUGAACAAGAGUUCAUUGCAAGAGAUCCAAUCGAUAAAGUCUCACCGUACCCAACUGUCAGUGUCUCCUCGGAAACGUCUAAGUACUGCGUCAUUGCAAAAUGUCCAAAACAGACAACAAAAAAACCAACAGCAAUCUACGGGUACUGGUAAUGGUGUUGUUCCGAAAACAUUAAGCACGCCAACUAGAUCUACGUAUGGAGUCUCAGCGAAAAAGGGAGGGAAACCACCGCCAACGUACCAAAACCAAAAGAAUAGUGGGAAACAACCUUUGUUGCAAAACUCAGUGGCCAAUGGUCAGAACAUCGCUGGCGCGAAGGGCCACAAUAGGACUUCUUCUAGACCGGGUGAGAAUAAGAAAGGGGUCACUACAUUGAGAACGAGAAGUUCCAAAGUGUUUGAUCCUAACGGAUCGUCGUUGAGACGUUAUUCUGGGGUUCCCGACGAUGUUAAUUUGGAAGAUUUCGUUGAUCAGUACGAUGGCGAGUUCGAUCUCACGGUGUCCAGGCAACAAAAGGGGAACGACAAAAAGGCGCUGAAGUAUUACCAUCCUUCCAAUGCCGCUUCACAGCGUGAAAUUUCGUCCGGAAUAAGACAUGAUCAGUACGACACGAACGAGACGAUUAGCGACUAUGCCGACGACGGAACAGAGGCUGGCCCAGAUGAUAUGGAGUCCGCUUCUGACAACAGCGCAGUGCACGCACUUGGGUAUCAUGAGGUGCCAAACUACGACGAGCUCUCGUAUGUGGACGAAGAUGCGGACGAUAUCGAAUCGAUGUUCUACUACAACGGAAGCAAUGUUGGUCCCAGCCAUACGAGAGUUGGACGUAGAUUUUCGGAGCUUGACGAGAGCGGUGCAGAAGACAUCGAGUCCGACUCACAGGGUUUCUUCUACCGCGACCCGAACCAAUUGGAGAGAGGUGUAGGAGGAGCAGGAAACAACAACAACAACAACAACAAUGGGAUACCCAACAACGGGCCUCUACUGCAAUCGAAUUUCCACCAGGCCACGGAGUUCACCCCGUUGAAGAACAAGAAGCUGACGAGAAAACGCUCCGACUUCUACAGCGACUACUCGCCGCACAACUUCUACACCAAGAAGAGCUCGUGGGUCAAGUUCAAGAACUUCAUCUACUUCUCCUUCGUCGUGGCGUCCCUAUUGACCUUGGGCUUCAUCUCAGGCUUCCUCCUGGCCACAAACAAGGACUUGCACGACUUCCAGCUCAUCGCAAUGGACAACGUCCUCGUCUCCUUGGACGAACUCGUCUUCGACAUCACUGCAACCGCCUUCAACCCAGGAAUAUUCACCAUCGGCAUCAAGGACGUGGAGUUGGACAUCUUCGCCAAGACAAACCACUUGAAAGUGGACGUCCAGGCGGACGUCCACGAAGAUCCCCACCAACCCCCUCCUCCCCCGGGCGAAACUACUGCCACUACAAACGGCGUCUUCACAAACCCGUACCAGACAAUCCUACUGGGCACAGUCUACAACCUCGAGACAGAAUUGCAAUUCAGAGGAAGAUUGCUAAACAGAAACUACGACGUCUCAGUCGCAAGCGUGAAGCUACUUAACCCGGGCGCACCCAAAAACAGCGACGACAGAGACGAUGACGAUGAUGAUGACGACGAUGGCCGUGACAACGAUGCUGAUGACAAAAACAACCACAAACUCGAAGACGACAUCGACAGAUGGAAACAACUCAUCAAGCACGAAUUCGAACUAAUCGUCAGGGGAAACUUGUACUACACCAUCCCAUUCUUCAAGAACGAAAAGGUCAUCCCAGUGCAACAACAGAUAGUCGUCGACCCAAACAAGUCUCCAUACUGA